AUGACUGCCACAACCCUGGCCAGCUGCGUGCAGAAGCUUUCCAACACCAAAGAGGAAAGGAAGGUAUGUCAAAUUCUGUAAGUGGCUUGAGAUAGAAGAAGUCUUGAGGGUUUAAGGACACACGAUGGGUUGUAUCCAACUAACAGCCAUCGAAAUGAAUGGAUGUAAGCUUAGGCAUGCCCACUCAUUUCAAUGGCUCUACUCUGAGUAGGACUAACGUUGUGUGCAACCCUAUGUGUUCUCAUUCUAGUGGUCGCUGUUUCUGUGUUUUACUAGGAGGUAACUCCUAAUUUAGCUCUCAAGCGACUAACCCACAGACAGUAUCGAGAGAUAAGCUAAGAGCUAGUUAGAAGAACACAGAGCAAUUUGGCACCAAAGGUAAAGUACAAAACACAUGGGUGUGUGCAGGCUCUGACUGUUAUCUGUACACACAUAUUUAAUAUGGAGUUGUAUAUUUCAGUCCAUACAUGUGACCCAGGAGAAAAAUAUAUCUAGUUUAUAUAAACUAUAUUUACUGCUCUUAAUUUUGCUUUAUAUGCUUAAUUUUUAUCACCAACUAUUUUUUUUUUAGAAAGUAGAUUAUUUGUGUGUAGAAUUUAGUAUAUGCUGUUGUAGAAAUGAAAGCCGGCAGCACUGCAGGGAUUUAAUGUUCCACCUGACCUGAUUUCCAUCACAAUCAGCAGCAAAAAUACAACUGCAAGUGGUUGUCAAAAGAAUUGUCUGACUGGGUGGGUUGUGGAAUGAAAUUUUAAUAAAAACCACAAUAUAUUAGAUUAUGGGAAACUUGUAAAAAGCUUUUAUGGAGAGUUUUAUAACAAAGCUCAUGCUCCGGACAUAAUUGAAAUCACUGUUUCCUGUUUCUUCCUUGGUAACUGGGUUGUUAGGCAAAACAAAUUCAGCAAUCCUACGCACACUUGCCCGGGAGUAGGGCUUACUUCUGAGUAAACACGUAUAGGAUUGUCAGUUUUCCUUGUCAGACUUUAUACAAAAUUGAACUAGGUGGAAAUCUGGUGUAUGGGUAUUGUGUCAGGAGAGUGUUUGACAACCGAACUGGUAAAAUACUGGCCACAUUAGUACCCAUGAAUUAUUUGCUGCUAUAUGGAAAAGCCACCUGUUUUUAAGAACAAAAACAUUGAAGCCCUAUGUGCAUUUGAACUGACAAGACCAGUAGCCAAAAGCAGGAUCCAAGCUUUCCAUGUAGAAAAGGUACUCUUAACAUUCUCCCUCUAAUCACUGUAGUUAAGAAAACCUUUGAUUGAAAGGAAACGAAGGGAGAGGAUCAACAACUGCUUGGACCAGCUCAAGGAGACUGUUGUUGGGGCCUUUCGGCUUGAUGUAAGUUUCGGUUUUUAGCGUGCCUCUGCGCCAUCUCCCUUUUUGCUUUAUUUUUUCAGCAUUGUUCAAAAACAGUUCUUUGUCACUAAUAACCCACUUUGUUGCUGCACUUUUAAACAGCAAUCUAAACUUGAAAAAGCAGAUAUCCUCGAAAUGACGGUAAAGCAUCUCCAGAAUAUCCAAAAUAGCAAAGUUAUGGGUAAGUGGAUUUAUGUACUUGUAUGCUUUACUCUUCUACCCCUUCGUGUUUAUUCAAACCUCUGUAACUUCUGCACUGCUUUGAACAUUGUUCCGUCCAAUCUUAUUGUUCGAAAAGUAAAACAGAAAAGUCAGAAGACAGUACUUUUCCAGCCUGAUGUUACUGAUAAAACUUUGUAAAUUGUAUAAAAUAGUGAGAUGGAACAGUUUAAGCAGUGACUACUGGACUCCAUGCUAAAUAAAAAAUACUAAGGCUGCAAUCCUAUGUAUACUUACCUGGGCAAAAGUCCGCUCAAACUCACUUCUGACUAGAUAUUAUAGCACCAAAGGGGCCUUCUCAGACAAUCUGCUUACUGUAUUGUUUAUUGAAGGCUGUCCACACCAUUCAACAUCUUCAAACAAAACCAUAGAAGGAUCCUAUUUCCCAAACAUUCAUACUGCAAUCCUUGAAUUGCAAUUCACACCUUCUGGUGUCUCCAUUGCCUCAGCAAGUCCACACUAUAAUGGUGUAAGCCUCUUAAAGAAUGUGCUUUCACAAAGUACUUCUCAAUAUCCCAUUUCUAGUUUAGUGUGUUAAUGCAAUGCUGAGAGGGGGAAAAUUACUGACUGGAAGUACCCAUUUUCUUACAUGAUAUCAGUACUUAAGAUGGAGGGCUGUUAGCACUGUUCAUAGCCAUACUAUAAAGUAUCGGUUGAAGUCCUUGCCUUUAACAGUGCAUGCACAAGAGACUCAACAUGGCAGCAACAAUAGUUUCACUUAUGAAGUUGCGGUGACAGGCACGUUGGGGCUACAACCAGGAAUUCAUGGCUUCUUGUACAGUUGCCUUGUGUAGUCUGGUGCCGGGACAACAGGUUGGAGUAUCUCCUUGGAAGUAAAGGCUUAACGGGUAUUGAGAUGGCUCUUUUAACCCAAACUAACCCUUGGUGCCACCUCCACAGAAAGGCCUAUAAAGGUUUCCUCAUUAGGCUGGGAGCAUACACCUGGGUAAUAAUAGCUUUUCUGACUCCCACUUGGUGUAGGCUUGACAAAACAGCCCCAGAUAUAUUUUUUCAUGUGUAAAGUCCAAAGCAUUGAAGAUAAAAUAACCAGGGUACCAAAAUGAGGUAAUAGAAUGUAACGGUACUUGUAUAGAGUUUCCAAGGGCUGUACAUGUUUCAGAGGUGGUCCCUGCAGAGCAAAAUUUUGCCUGAAGGUAUUUUGCUCACAUUUUCAGCUAAGUAGCUUAGCAGUAGCUAAAUAGGUAUUGCCCAUAUGUUAACAUAGACAGCAAUCCUAACUCCACUUACCUGAGAUUAAGUUAUAUUGAAUUAAAUUGGACUUACUUCUGAGUGGACAUGGCUAGGAUUGGUUAGCGGCUUGGUUUUUAUCACAUUAUACAUCACUCUGUAAGCAAAGGUGAUACUGUGAACCUCAGAGGGUUUGUAGACCAUUCUUAGCAACCAAAUAUAUCUUGGUGAACUAAGCACAUGAAACAAUUAUGUUUGCACUUGCAAAGAAUACUAAAGUGCUAUGCUGAAGCAGGCUAUCAAGCUAGAUUGUUGUCAGUGACAAGAGAAUGUGUGUUAUAUGAAAAGAGGCGACUUUUCAUUCUAUUGGGCAGGGGCGGACUUUGGUUAUAAACUAGAGUCUUGACUCUUUAAUAACAGGAAGCGUCUUCUGUUCUUGUUCAGCAGAUUCCAAGAUGGGUUUGGAAGCUCAGCAGAGGUACAGCACUGGGUAUAUCCAGUGUAUGCACGAAGUCCACAAUCUCCUCCUGACCUGCGAAUGGAUGGACAAGACCCUUGGGGCACGGCUACUGAACCACCUGUUGAAGUCCUUGCCCAGAUCUAGUGAGGAAACCUGCAAGGCAGACUUGAGUUCUACCACCCCUGGGAACAGCAAGGGGAAUAGCACAGGGUCCAACCAAUCUCAGGAUCAGUUCCAGCCUGCCGAAGACAAGCCGGGGUUGAAAAAGCCAUUCCAGCCCCAAACACCCUCGCACUGUAAUCAGCGCGAGUCGUCUCCUCCCAGUCAGAUCCUGCAGUCUCAUUUUGCACACAAUGGCAUUAACAUGGGGUCAUUAGACAUGUGGAGACCGUGGUAA